AACAAGGGAUCCAAACUCAAUAAUAUCAAUUUGUUUGCUUCUAUUGGUAUAAUGUUAAAAUAUACAAUGGCUAAAAAAUGUGGUAAGCUUCCAAUUGAGAGAUAGUGGUUGCCAAAUGUAUUACAACAUCAAAAUCUAAAAGCAGACACAGCAAAGAGUUCAAUCCGUCUUUAAAACAAACAAACAAACAAUAAUUUAAACAACCUCAUCUGUCAUGUUCUUGUGUUCCUUUCCUUCCUGCUAUUAAUUAUUAUACUAUUAAUCACCACCACCAUUCCUUAUCUUGCUUUGUAGCUCAGCACUAAAUAUACAGAGUUUUUUUUUUAUACAUAAACACUUUUCUGAUUUUAACUUUCUCCAUUUCUUCAUGGGAAACCCAACUGAGACUAGUGUGUCCUCUCCAAAGUCCUCUGAGAUUGAAAUUGAUAGUGAUUUUAGAGUUCAUGUGUUCUCUUCAUCAUCUGAGUUACUAGAAAAACUUCAUCAAACAUGGAGUUCAGUGGAGAAACAACCAUACCCUGCAAUGUAUUCUAGUAUAUAUGGAGGUAUCAUACUUGAUCCAGCAAUGAUGGUAAUCCCCAUAGAUGAUCACAUGGUACAUAGAGGCCACGGUGUCUUUGAUACUGCUAUUAUUUUAGAAGGAUACCUCUAUGAGUUGGAUGUUCACCUUGAUCGUUUCUUGAGAUCAGCUUCAAAAGCAAAGAUAUCCUCACCCUUUUCGCGAUCAACACUUCGCAGCAUUCUAAUACAACUAACUGCAGUAUCAAAAUGCAAGAAAGGAACUCUAAGAUACUGGUUGAGUGCAGGUCCUGGUGAUUUCUUGCUAUCAUCAUCAGGAUGUCCAACAUCUGCAUUCUAUGCAGUAGUCAUUGACCAAGAUUUUUCUCAGUGCAAAGAAGGUGUUAAAGUGAUUACAUCAAAUGUACCGAUGAAGGCACCUUUAUUUGCAACAAUGAAAAAUGUGAACUAUCUUCCUAAUGUACUUUCUGUAUUGGAAGCUGAGGAGAAAGGAGCAUUUGCUUCUAUAUGGAUUGAUGAGGAUGGUUAUAUAGCUGAAGGUCCAAAUGUGAAUGUUGCUUUUGUAACUCAAGAGAAGGAACUUGUUAUGCCUUUUUUUGAUAAUAUUUUAUAUGGUUGUACUGCUAAGAGGCUUCUUGAACUGGCACCAAAAUUGGUUGAUCAAGGUGUUCUGAAAGGUGUGAUAACUAAAAAUCUUACUGUGGAAGAAGCUAAAGGUGCUGCUGAAAUGAUGUAUGUAGGAAGCACACUUCCUGUGUUGCCUAUCAUCAUGUGGGAUGAUCAACCAAUUCAUCAUGGUAGGGUUGGAGAAUUAACAAUGUUACUUUCAGAUUUGCUAUGGGAUGAUAUGGUAGCUGGCCCUGGCACACAGAGAGUACAUGUUCCUUAUGUUUAGUGAACCUACAAAAUCAUAUGGGAAUGUACAUGUUCCUUGUUGUAUUGAUUUACAACGUGGUUUCUGUUUAUUUGCAUCAUGUUGCUCAAGUGUCUGAGUGAGUGAACUAGUCCUUUAAGUGAAGCAGUAGAUGUUUCCUGCUACACAAUUUAUAUAGCAAAUGAAUAAUCCUUGAAUUGUUUCAUGUUGCAAACAAGAUUUUCAUAUUUCCAUGUACUUUGCUUGUAUGCAUUGCAUUGCAUGCAAUUAUUUUAUAAUUAAUUUUCUGUCUGCAUA